AUUAAUAUUUCUAUUUUUUUGAUUGGAUUUGUUUUUUUUAUAGGUGGAAUUAGUGUUUGGCUUAUACCCACAUUUAAAUUAGGAAUCUUUUUUUUAGAAUGAGAUUUUUUAAGGUUAAAAUUUAAUUUUUAUUUUAAUAGAAUCUUAUUUUCGUUUAUUCUUUUUUUGGUAACGUUUAGAGUUUUAGUUUUUAGUACUUAUUAUUUAAAUAGUGAGUUAAACUUUAAUUAUUAUUAUUUUGUAUUGUUAAUUUUCGUAGGUAGAAUGUUUAGGCUAAAUUUUAGAAACAGUAUUUUUACAAUGUUACUAAGAUGAGAUUUAUUGGGUAUUUCUAGGUUUUUUUUAGUUUUAUUUUAUAAUAAUUGAGAUAGAUGUAGGGGUGCAAUAAAUACAGCAUUAACUAAUCGUCUAGGUGAUUAUUUUAUAUUUGUCUUUUUUGGUUUAUCGGUUUUUAGAGGUUAUUAUUUUUUAAGAUUUAGAAUAUUUAGAAGUUAUAUAUCUUUAUUAUUACUUUUAACAGCUUUUACUAAAAGAGCACAAUUUCCAUUUAGAUCUUGGUUACCCAAAGCUAUAAGAGCCCCCACACCGGUGAGGUCUUUGGUUCAUAGUAGAACUUUAGUUACAGCAGGAUUAAUUCUAUUAAUAAAUUUUAAUAAUUUAGUAAUACAGAAAGAUUUUAUCAGUUUUGUUCUGAUUAUUGGCCUAUUUACUAUAUUUUUUUCUAGCUUAGCAAGUUUGGUCGAAGAAGAUUUGAAGAAGGUGGUAGCCUUGAGGACACUUUCACAAAUAGGUUUUUCAAUAGUUACUUUGGGCCUAGGGCUUAGGUUUAUUUCAUUUAUUCAUUUAGUUAGACAUGCUUUGUUCAAAAGAUGUUUAUUUAUACAAGUAGGUUACAUUAUUCAUUGUUCAUUUGGACAACAAGAUGGACGUAAUUAUAGGAAUAAUGGUAAUUUACCAAAUUUUAUUCAGUUACAAAUAUUAGUAACCCUAUUUUGUUUAUGUGGAUUAAUUUUCUCAAGGGGUGCUGUAAGAAAAGAUUUUAUUUUAGAAUUAUUUUUUUCUAAUAACUAUAUAAUGUUUUUUAGAUUAAUAUUUUUUGUUUCAGUGUUUUUGACUUUUGGUUACAGUUUUCGUCUUUGAAAAAGAUUUUUUUUAAGGUUUAAUAAAGUAAUAAAUCAUUACAGUAGCACAGUAUUUAUAAAUUUUUUAAGUUUAGUAUUAGUUAUUUUUUCUAUUAGAUUUUUAUGAUGAAUAAAUUUUAAUCUUCUUAACAUCCCAAGACUUUUCUUAUACGUAGAUUUUUUUGGCCCUCUAGUAUUUUUAUUUAUAAUAAUUUUUUUAUCUUUUUUAAUUUUAAAAAUAUUAUUUAAGGAGUUAAUAUACAAGUUUUUAGUUGAUUAUUUGGCUAAAAAUAGUAUUUAUAAAAUAAAGAAUUUAAAAUUUAUAGAUUUAUUUUUAAAUAAUAUUAAUUCUAAGGGGUACACCUUAUUUUUAAGCAGUGGUAUAUUUAAAAAUUACUAUUUAAAAAGGUUAAAUUUUAAUAGUGUAGUAGUUUUAAUUUUUAUUUUUUUUAUAAUUUGUUAA